GAAAUACACAGGCCCAGCCUUUUGAAAAAAAGUUAGAACUGGCGCAAUGAAUGAACAAGAGUGGAUUCAGAAAUUAACUCACUUUCAGGCUUACUGUCGUGGUAAUUUAAUGAGGAAAGAUCUGAGUUCGGUCCGCACCCAGUUUGAGGACAUUGUGCGAGAGAUUGAUGGAAAUUUGGAUCAUUUGCACUGGAGAGGAAACAUCAUACCCAAACCUCACUUUACUGACACUAAAAGCCUAUUACGGAAUUAUGGAUGCUCCAGGAUCCAGUGCAAUGACCAUCUUGAUGACUCAGCAAAUGAACUGAAAGUAGACUAUGAGGCCAGUGAUAAAUCUGUCUUACGAUCUGAAGUUCUGGUACCUGAGAGAGACGAAGCUCCUAAAACAGCCAGUGCAGAAGCUUCUACAAUUUUGGAUGGUGAUGUGGAGCAGAGUGAAAAUCUGACAGAUGAUUCUACUACACUUUGUAGUGCUGUGAAUCCAGAUGUUAGUCACAGUAGCUUACUUCAGAAAGGAGCCCGUGUGCAUUCUGUUUUUAAAGAUGGAGCACAUACUUCUGACUCUUUGAGACAGCAGAGGAGUGCUUUGGCCAUGGAACUUCUGUGGAUCCAGCAAGCCAUUAGCAGUAGAAAGAAAUAUCUGACCCUCAAGCAGAGAAUGGAUGUGUCACACUGAUGCUAGACCAGCUGAAUCCACCACUGUGUGAUGAGAGAUCUUAUUCUAAUAGUUUAAAAGGAAUAUUCCGGGUUCAAUCGACAGCAUUUAUGGCAUAAUUUUGAUUACCGCAAAAAAGCUAAAAUAAUACAUGAGUUUUAUCAGAAGAAUUAAUGUAAGUGCUUUAAUAAGAUUAUAAGCUUCAUAUUUUUGCCUUUAAACCCUCCAGAAAUUGGCCCCAUUCACUUCUAUUUUAAGUGCCUCGCUGUAAAAAAAAGAGGGAACCGUUUAAAUAUAUUUAUGUAAUUAGCAUUAUGACACCAAUGCUGUCUAUUGAGUUUAACUUGUAUUAAACCUGGAAUAUUCUUUUAAGCCUGUGUAAAAUUUCCUGUUCUGCUGGGAGGGAAGAAUAUUUUUUAAUGUUAUUCACAAUGUUUGUGAAUUAUUUGUAUGUAUAUUUAUGAACCUGUAUU